CCCUCCUAUAGCCACUUGAGCUAACCUCAAGUGGUUUUCAGUUCACUUUAUACAAGUUAUAUAUUUUGAUAUUUUUAUAAAAAAUACUUCUCUAAUGGAGUGACAAAUUUGACACAUUCACAUGCUAAAAGUUUAGUAAUUUAGCACUAUAAAUAAUAUUGUGUCAAAUUUGACACACAUUUAAUAUUUUUUUUAUUUAUAUUAUUAUCAUUUAAUAUUAAUGACUUUAAUAAAUUUUUUUAAUUACAAUAUUGUUAUAAUUUUUAAAAAAUUAUAUUUAAUUUACUAAUUAUCAUGAAUCAUAAUGACUUUUUAUGUCAUUUUGUAUCUUAAUUUUGUUGGGAUUUUAUGUCCUUUAUUUCAAUAUAAUUAGAUUUAUUAAUAAAUAAAAAAUCAGAAAUCAUUUUAUAUUGUAUGGUUUACAUGAUUUAUUUCAUGAUUGUAUGUUUAAUGAAUAAAUUUAAAUUCUAUUAAGUCCAAAACAUAUAGUUAUUCAUGAUUAUAGUGUUGUCAACACAGUAGAAUAUAAUUAUGAUUAUAUGUUCAAAAGUUUAUGUCUCAUGAUUUGUUAGUACACUGGAUUUAGACUGAUAUGAUAAUCAGCGAUAAAGUAUACCUGCACCUUGGAUAAGUGUUAUGUCUUUUCCAUGACAUUAACAAAGUAUGUUAGGAUUGGAUGUAUAGAGUAUACAUUGGACUGGACUGAUAUUGAACUUUGAUAAGAUAUUAUAAACUUACCGUUAUAUCUAUCUAAGUCAGUAUCAAUUAGUUGAUCUUAGGUCAAUAGAUCUCAAUCUUGAUAUGGUUAGGUUCUGUUUACAUGUAUUAUUUAUGUUCUUAGAGUUGUUCGUUAAAGCUCGGCCGGCGUAAUACUUACAUCUUGGGAACAUGAUAGUAUAAUUGAGUGGGAGCGCUGAUUAUAAAUAUAGAAUUUAUAGCUUUUAUAAGUAUUUAGAAAUGAAACGAUAAUUUCCUUCGAGCUUGGCUUAAUAGAGAUAAAUGAUUGAUGCCUCAUUUCAAUAAUUAUAUUAGUUUACUAAAAUAUCAUUUAUAGGUAGCUAAGUGUUUUAAAGAUAAAAUACAUUGAAUGGUAGAAUGGUAAAUUUGUCCCUAUUCGAUGUAUAUAAUCUAUAGAGGAUCUUUGACUAUUUGAAUUGAAAUAAGGGAAAUUUGAUAAAUUAUGCUAAAACAUUAGAUUAUGUGUUUAAUUAUACCCAAUUAUCACACAUAAAAAAACUAUCCCAUUCUUUCAAUUUUCUUCCAAAAAUACCCCUGUCUUUUCAAACUUCUCUCAUUCCCUCUUUCACUCAUUCUCUCUCUUCGACAUUCUCUCUCUUCGUUCCCUCUCCCAAACAGACUGCCAAACCCUCGAACCCACACCGGCCCUCACCCACGAACCACGAACCCACACCGGACCUCACCCACGAACCCACACACCAAUCGAACCAACGAACCCACACUGGACCUCACCCACGAACCCACACACACGAACCCACGGCCACCCACGGCGACGAACCCAAUCGAUCCGAGCGAACCCACGACGACCACGAACUCCAGUCGACGACGAACCCACGACGACCACCCACACCUGUCGAAUCCCACCAACCCCAAUCGCAGCAAUCAAGGUUAGUUAUUGUAUAAUUUAUCUUUGAAUUUCUCCUUUAAAUGCAUAAAUAUGUGGUUGAAUCUAGUAUUGAAUUGGAAGUUGUUAUUUUGUAUGUUAUUUGGGAUGAUUUGUGCAAUAAAACUGUGGGAUGAAGAUGGGUUUCGAUCAAAACUUGUUUCCUGGGUUUUUAGGUAUUUGUGCGAUUUUAUGCGAUGCCAUGUGCAAUUUUGUGCGACAUAACACGAGUCUGUGAAGCUCUGGUUUGUGGUUUAGAUUAUUGUGCGACAUUGUGCGAUUUAUAUGCAAUUUUGUGCGAUUUUGUCCCAAAUUAAUACUUUUUAGUAUGUUUAGCGACGUUUAGGCGACAUCAUGCGAUGGUUUGUGCGAUGUAUGGUAUAUAGUAUAGGUUAUGCGAUUUUAACAAUUUUGUGCGAUUAUGUGCGAUGUUAGUGCGAUGUUAACUGACAGGAUCUUAUUUUUUAGUUAGUUUUGAUCUGUAUUUUUUGGCGAUAUUAUGCGAUUAAUGUGCGAUUUGUAUGCGAUUCUACUUCACUAUUGAAAAAAUAUGCGAUUUUUAGCGAUGUUGGUGCGAUUUUUAUGCGAUGUAGUCUAAUUUAUCUUGUAAAUGCAGAUGGCUCCUGAACUUAUUCUACCCUUGGCUGAGCAUUUUCCAGGCCGUAUCACGUACAGAGGAAAUGGGUACUUUGCUUCAAUAAAGGCUAAGUUUGAAGCCUUCAACUUGACUGAGAGGGUGAAGGAAACUCCCUUUGGAGUUUUUUGGAAUGCCAGUGAUUUGAAAUUCUCUGGGGUGAUUGUGCAUCAACUGCUAUUGAGGAAAACGAAAGUGACUGAGGUGAAAAAUGAUGAAGUCUGGUUUUACGUGGGUAAAACCGAAGCCAGAUUUGGGCGGUCUGAGUUUGGUUUGAUCACCGGACUAAAGAUGAGCGGUGGCCCCUCAACAGAAGAUUUGAGUACACUGUGUGAGUCUGAUCGGAUACUGCGGGACUACCUCAAUAAUGCCAAACGGGUCACUUUCAAAACCCUUUGGCUAGCUUUUGAGUCCUGCGAUGUGGCGGACAAUGUGUACAAGUUGGGGUUGUGCGCAUUUGUCGAGGGUGUUCUUCUAUCAAGGGCUGAGGGUGUUUAUAUCUGGACGGAUAUGCUGAAACUGGUAGAAAACGUUGAAAACUUCUUCGAGUAUCUGUGGGGCCUCCUUUCUUAUCAGAAGAUAUUGUCAUCCACAACUAAGAGUAUGAGUGACCUGAGGAAGAAUUACAUUGAUAAGGUCUCUACUAAAGAUAAGAUGAAGAAGAAAGGGAAGACGGAGAAAAAAAUUACUCAAUCGGAGGCAAAGUACAAUGUCUAUGGAUAUGCCCCGGCGCUGCAAUACUGGGCCUUCGAGGUGAUGCAAGAUUUGGGGAAGAAGUAUGGGCAGUGCAGAGGGAGUAGAUUCCCUCGAAUGUUGAAUUGGAGUACUCCCGAUUCCGUUACGAGACAUGAUGUGAAGCAACCUGACGUGGCUGCACUAUUUGAGAAAAGGAUGGUUGUGCUUCAAAUUUUGUAUCCUCGGAAUUGGGAGGUCGACUACUGGAAGAACAAUUGUGAGGGUGAGGUCCCCACAGUGGAAAUGGGGUUAGAUGAGGUCGAAGAAACACAAGCCGGGGCGCAAAAUUCGACCGCAUUCGAGACCCAAGCCCAACGGGUGGCAGAAUAUGUUAAAAGGUCCAAAAUUAUUCCACCAUCCCCACCCAAGGAAACAGCAGACGCCUCCACAUCUGCCACUGUGCCCCCAGCAUCUGCCACUAUGCCCCCAAGCUCUGCUCCACCCAAUGACUCCGACUACCUCUUGUUGGCUAAGAGGUUGGAGAAGGUAGAAGCGCAACAACUUGCGAUUCUCACUGCCCAGACUGAGAUGAAGGCUGACUUCAAGAGAAGUCAGAAAGAGAUGAAGAAUCUUAUCAUGGAUCAAAUUGCGACCGUGAUAAGUUUGUUACGUGCGACCUUUGGAGCCGACACAACCAUCGUGGCGGCACAAAGAAUCAGACCCCACACAUCCAUCCGACACGGCAGAGCCAUUACAGACGAAUCUCAGGAUGUGGAAGAGUUGCAGGGGCCACCAGAUGGGGUGGAGUUCUGUAGGCUUAGGCGAAAGCGGAAGCCGGUUUUCUUGAAUGACUACACAGCUGGGAAGAAGAAACAAAGACAUGGGCCCGUGGUAGUAGACACACUGAAACCCAUGACCCCGCUGUUAAAAUUUUUCCAGAAGUGGAUUACUUAUGCUAGGGACAAUGGCCGUCCUAGGGAUGUUCACACUGCGAAGCCACUAGAUCUUGGUUCGUGA